AUGAUUCCUCAGCGCGAUAUUCGUACGAAUAAUUCAUCAUCACCAUCAUCAACACGAGUGGCCCAUUUGUCCAAGAAAUUCGACUCUAGUCCAACCCAGAAUGAGUCAUUCACUGUCACCAAUUCGAAGUCUCUCUCCUCAGCUCAGCACAACAACAAACGCCAUACAGUUUCCUACUCUUCCAAUGUUAAUACAGCAAAGAACAAAAUUGCUCUCUUUGAAAAACAAUCGAGCAUACCUCAAGCUUCGACUCAAAAAGCGUCUUCUCCAUCUUUUCAAAAUCCUCCUCCUGCUUCUGUGAAAAAUCAUUCAACCAUGAAACAUGAAGUCCGAAAAACCAUCAAGAGCUUUGAAGAUUUGCAAUCCAAUGACAAGUCAACAUCUCCUUCUCAACACAACACACGGCAUGUGAAACGACAUUUUAAACUCCACCAUCACUCCCAACACGCUGAUUUUAAUAAGCGAUUCCAAAGGAUUCUUCUCAAAAUGGAAAGUGACAUGAAACAAACAGAUUUGUUUAAGGAAGCUUUUGAGCUACAUAAGAGAAAGAGUAUCAUGGUGACUCCUACAUAUAAGGACAUGGCAGAAUCCAUGUCUUGGACAGACACAGAAGAAAAUCGAUUACAACAAUUAUUGAAAUUAUUGAGAGAGGAAGAAAUGAAACAAUUAGAACAGUUAGAGAGUAUGAUCAAACAAGAACGACAAUCGAUGAGACUGACAACAUCUCCAUUUUCACAAUCCUCACCAAAUCUUUCCAAGAAUUCUUCGAAUGACAAUCACACUAACUUGAAAAACAUUCACACAGACCUCAUAUUACAAAAGAUUAAACAUGAAAAGAAGGAAUCGAUUGAGCAAACCUUACAACAAGAUCAAACCAAAGAGUUGACUACAACCUCGCAAUUUCAAUUGGUUGGAAAACCACUUAAGGAACGUCCUCUCCCUGAAACUCCAAUAUUUAUGACUUCCUCUCCGUUGUUAUCAUCGCCUCGAAAAGCAUCUCCUCAGAGAUCCAUUUCAGACAUUGAAACUUUAAUUGAGGAAAAGAAGAAGAGACUCACAAUGAAUCCUAAUCACGUGGAAGCUCUUUUUGAGUGGUAA